CGUUUUUCUAGGUUUACAGGCCGCGACCAAAGUAUCAGCUCUUUCCACCAAGUUUGUCAUAUCUGAGCCCGUUCGCAACUAUGACUCAUCCUACGCCAUCACAGGCCCUUCUCAUGAUCAUUCCGGGCAAUAAAAUUGUUCCGACAAUGGAGAAAAUCGUAGCAGAGAUCCGUGAGGUUCGUGAACGUGUGGCACGAACCAUUCAGCCGUCAGAAGCUUGCUUCCAGAACGUCAUUAAUCCGCUUAUCAAUAUCGAGAAUAAAACGCAAGGCAAGGUUGGAGUCAUCGCAAUGUUACGCUACGCAUCACCUGAUAAGCAUUCUCGGGAAGCAUCUGACGAGGCUUGCAAGCUCUGGGUGGAGUGUGAAGGAGAGUUCACCUCAAGGAGAGAUCUCUAUCUUCUCGUAAAAGCGGUUAUGGACAAGUCCGAGCCACUUGCUCCAGAAUCAGCCAAGUACCUGGAUAGACUACUCAGGGUUUUCAAGCAGUAUGGUCAUGGAGUGCUUAGUGCCGAGCAGAUAGUGCACUACUCGGAAACGAAAAACCAUAUCGAUGAUUUGCGGCGCGAAUAUAACGCGAACAUCCGAAAUGAAGAUGGUAAGCAGCGAUUCUUACUUGAGGAGUUGGAGGGAGUGCUUCCCCGUGACCUUGAUCUUUUUUCCAAAGGUACCGAGGAUGGGGACAGCGUGAUAUAUGUUCCAUUCGGGAGAGAUGAUGUCGACGCCUUGUUGGAGCAUGCAUCCAAUCCUACAACUCGGAAGAAGAUUUACGUCGCCAACGCACAUAAGCUUCCACAGAACGUGGAACUAUUAAGAGAAAUUAUUAUAAAGAGGGAUGAGAAUGCACGCUUGCUCGGUUACGGCAGUCAUGCUUCACUCAGGAUUGAAAACCGUGCUGCCGAAUCUCCUGGCUGGGUGAUCAACUUACUGGACGAGCUUGAAAAAGCAAUCUUGCCCCAAGGACAGCAAGAAAUGAACCAGUUGCUAGAGCUAAGGAUAAAGGACUCGGCCCAAAAUUACCAACUCCCUGAAAAUCAGCCCCGUCAAAUGCCACCAUGGGACUUUUGGUACUAUGCCCGGAUGGCAGAAGAAAAUCUCCAAGUAAACCACGCCAAGAUUUCUGAGUACUUCCCAAUGCGAAACACUGUUUCCGCUAUGCUAGAAAUAUUUGCGUCGUGUUUACAACUGCGGUUUACCCCACUUCCACCAGCGUCCUUGGAAGACUGUGUUUGGCAUGAAGAUGUUGAGGUGUGGAGCGUCUGGGACAACAGGGAGACUUCGAGAGAUGAAUUCGUUGGAUACCUCUAUGCAGACUUACUGUCGAGGCCUAACAAGUAUCGGGGCUCGCAGAAUGUGAAUCUUCAAUGUGGCUAUUUGAAGGACGAUGGUAGUAGGGUGUACCCUGCAACAAUCCUUAUGUGCAGUUUUCCCCGUCCAACGAGUGCUGGCAGCGUUUUGCUUAAGCAUCAUGAGAUUGUCUCCCUUUUCCACGAACUCGGACACGGAAUCCACGACCUUAUCUCCAGGACAUCAUACAUCAAAUUUCAUGGCCACAGUGUGGUCCGUGAAUUUGAAGAGGCAUUGGGCGUCAUGCUAGAGAACUGGUGCUGGAUAAAGCAAGAAUUGAGGAGCAUGAGCCGCCAUUAUACCACGAUGGAUCCCAGCGUUCUAGAAACAUGGAAAGCCGAACAUCCGGGAGCACCCAUUCCACCAAAGCAAAUUCCGGAUGACAUUCUGGACAGCCUUAUCGAAAGUCGCAACACAUAUCGGGCUCUGUGGUUUCUACGUCAGCUCGCUUUUUCCCGCUUCGACAUGGCCCUCCAUCAUCUUAGCAGCCACGAGGAGGCUUUAGCCUUGGAUCUGGCAGAUAUUUACCACAAUUUGGUAAAGCGACUAUCCUUACUGGAGACUCCAGACACCCAAGAUCGCGGAUAUCCAUUCGCUAGCAUUGGGCAUUUGAUGGCUGGAUAUGACGCGGGGUACUAUUCUUAUAUCAGUGCCCAUGUAUUUGCUGCGGAUCUCUUCGAGAGCGCCUUUGCAGAAGACCCACGCAGCGAGGCUGCUUGGGCUAAGUUUCGUGGUGGAAUCCUCGAGCCUGGAGCAAGCCGCGACGAGCUACAGAUAUUGAAAGAAUUUCUAGGCCAUCCUCCGAGCGCGGAAGCCUUCCUCCGUAAUUUCACGAAACCCUGAAUAGGCAAAAGAAACCAGGCCGUCGCGGAGUAUAUAAGGUGAUGGACGGACAGAGGAUUUAAGAUAGAUUCCUUUGGUUCCCUACUUUUGCUAUUCUUGUUGUCUUUGGUGUCUGAUCCUUCUGUAUAGACUGCUCGUCAGUAUUGGCUCGACUCAUUUUCUACUGACAAUUAUCGACUGGACGAGUCCUAUCGCAUUAUUGCACUAUCGCAAACACCAGUCGACAAGUCGGCAUGUUCGUGAGGCCUUCAGGAGGCUACAGGCUAGGCCACCCAGGAUCUGGGCUCUUUCAAUGGGACCAGGCUUCAGCGAUGGUCUUCUGUAAACUGUUUUGAUAGUACUUAAGAUUUAUAUCAAUUUUUGCUAA